UAGCUCUCGACUGUCAUGAAGAGAACGGGAUCAGCAGCUGUGAACGGGUAGGCGGAGACAGUCCUCUUGCUUCCGCGUUUCCCUCUCACUUCUCUCAAUACACAGCACACCGGUAAUUUUGGUCACGUUUCCAACCCCCUCGUCCUUAUUUAUUCCCUUUUUAGUUCUACCUGUAGCGAGCUUAUUAAAACGGCUUUACAACAUUUAGCGGAACCCACACAACCCUGUCCUACAUAAUCAGGCGUUGUCGACUGGCUCAUCCAUGUAUUGGAGUCCUGGGCCCCAGCGCACCGGCUCCUGCUUCAGCCAUGUCGGCGCAGAACGCAGCGGCUGGCGGCGGUGACAGAGCGGGAAGCGAACCGGCAGAUGAUGUGCUGGUUGAGGAAGAACAGAGCAAUUCUCUGCCCAGCUUGAUGACCCCAUCCAUAACAUCUGGUAUGUCCUCGAGUAUGGACAUGCCAAGGAAGCGCAAGGGAAGCACAGACAACCAGGAUUCAAAAUUGGCUAUGAUUAGCGAUGCAGAUAUGGAAGAUGACCAAAACAGGUCAGACGGAGAGGACCAACAUGUCAAAAUUAAAUGCUUCAGGGAACCACACAGCCAAAUCGAGAAGAGGAGACGAGACAAAAUGAACAAUCUUAUUGACAAACUUUCAGCCAUGAUCCCCACAUGUAACCCCAUGUCCCGUAAACUGGACAAACUCACGGUGCUCAGAAUGGCAGUGCAGCACCUCAAAUCCCUCAAAGGUUCAGCAAGCUCCUUUUCUGAAGCGAGCUCCAAACCAUCAUUUCUUCCCGAGGAAGAGCUUAAACAUCUUGUCCUCAAGGCUGCAGAUGGGUUCCUGUUUGUAGUGGGCUGUGAUCGCGGGAAAAUAGUUUUUGUCUCAGAGUCCGUGACAAAGAUAUUAAAUUAUAGUCGGGCGGAGCUGAUUGGACAGAGCCUGUUUGACUAUAUACACCCCAAGGACAUGGGAAAAGUGAAGGAGCAACUGUCUGCUUCUGAAUUGCACCCUCGUGAGCGGCUAAUAGAUGCUAAAACUGGUCUGCAGGUUCAGGCUGACCUUCCCAUCGGUGCGUCACGGUUGUGCUCAGGCGCCCGGCGCUCCUUCUUUUGUCGCAUGAAGUACAACAAGAUACCUGUGAAAAUUGAAGAAAAGGAAACCCAGGCAAACACCUCUAAAAAGAAAGAGUCACAGAAAUACUGCACAGUCCACUGCACCGGCUAUAUGCGCAGUUGGCCAACCAGUCAGAUGGGAGCAGAGGGGGAAGGAGAGGGAGACAAGCAGGACAGCUCCUACUUUAGCUGCCUGGUGGCGGUGGGACGCGUCCAUUCACACUCAGCUCCGCAAGUUAACGGAGAAGUCCGAGUUAAACCCACCGAGUUUGUUACACGCUACGCCAUGGAUGGAAAAUUCACCUUUGUUGAUCAAAGAGCAACAACCAUUCUGGGUUAUCUUCCCCAAGAAUUGCUGGGAACGUCGUGCUACGAGUACUUCCAUCAAGAUGACUUACUACAUUUAGCCGAUCGACAUCGAAAAGUCUUGCGAAGUCGGGAGAAAAUAGAGACAAACUGCUAUAAAUUCAAAACAAAAUACGGCUCUUUUGUCACUCUGCAAAGUCAGUGGUUUAGUUUUGUCAAUCCUUGGAACAAAGAAGUCGAAUACAUAGUGUCAACCAACACAGUAAUAUCGUAUGACAACAGUCGAACAGCGCGAUCUGGACACAAGUCUGAACAGUCGGGCAAUUCCAAGGCUUCAGAAGACUGCAAGAAGUCCCUUCCAGUUAUACCAGGCAUCUCCUCUACAUCUGGAACUAUGAUAUACGCCGGAAGUAUUGGGACACAGAUUGCCAAUGAGCUGCUGGAUUUCAACAAGCUGAAUUCAUCACCUUCUAGUGGGAACGUCAGUCCAUUCAGUCUGACACAGGAGAAAUCUCCCCAAACACUCAAUCAGAUCACCAACAGUGUGCCAAACGGAGAAACUUCUGACAUGGAGAUCCCAGGAAAGUCGAGCUCAGACGGUGAACCUCAAGGGGCUUCGUUCCCAGGCGGAGACUCGCUGAUGGGGGAGAAUUCCCAGCUGGAUUUGGACAGUGUUGUUGGACCCAGCCUGAACAGUUUCAGCACCGACGAAGCGGCCAUGGCAGUGAUCAUGAGCCUGCUGGAGACCGACACAAACUUGGGAGAAGCCGUAGACUUCGAAGAGAUGCACUGGUCUUUAUAAAACCCGUAUAACAGCUGCUGUGGGGAAACAUUUGAGUGAUCAGUUUCUUUGUGACAGGAUUGCUAACUCCAAAAAGCAGCAUUUAUGAUUUUUUUUUUAUGUAGAGACUUUAAAUUAUUAGUUAACCCCUUUCAUCAGAAGCUUUAUAGUUUCUUGGCGACUGCUCUCCCAAGAUCAGGAGUGGUGACUAUCUGGGACACUUUCCCUCCUCAGAUGGAGGAUGUUCCUCUUGAGCCUUGCAGCAGUUCCUCACUAGAUAAAGGUUUUAACAAGUUGAGACAAAAAGUUGAAUUCCCAGCUUUUUAUUCCUCGAUCACAGUUUGAAAAAGAUUUAGGUAUGAAAAUGCAAAAAAAACAAACAAAAAAAAAACACUGAACUGACUGGUUGCUACUGUUUGAAUACUAAAAAA